AUGGCAGAAGAUGGAGAGCUAGAAGAUGGUGAAAUAGAUGAUGCAGCCUAUGAAGACGUGAAAGAACAUGGUACAAAAGGUGACGAUAAACAGAAAAAUGAAAAAGGACAUAGAAAAUCGCGGAAGAAACGCAAAAAAGAAAAAGAAAAGAAAAAAUCAAAGAGGAGGCGACGGGAUAAGCAUAAGCAUAACUCCCCCUCCAGUGAUGACAGUUCAGACUACAGCCAUGACUCUGAUAUUGAGCGUACAGAAAGACCACAUAAAAAGAGUAGCAGCUCUUCAUACAGAGAUUAUGAUUCUUCGUUCAGUCAGCAUGGACACGUAUCAGGAAAUUACAUGAGUUCACAGAAAAUGCAACAUAAAAAACCUGUAAAAAGUAAGGAGUAUGACGACUACAGUCAUUACAGUGAUGAAAACUUUGGGAAUUAUAAUGAGGAAGAAAAGGACGAAGAUUUUGCUGAUCAGCUUAAACAGUACAGGCAAGCUAAAGAGACCUCCAGUACUGAUUUAGGACCUCCGUUCCCGAAAGAACCCCUGAAAAAACAGGGGAUGAAGGGGAUCCAGAAAGGUAUUUCUCAAAGAGGUAAUAAUUACAAUGUCGGCCGAGGGCGCGGAAUGCAGAAGAAAUUGAAGCGUAAAGAUCGUGGAAGGGGAAGAGGGGGCAAUAAAGGAUCCGAUGGCUUUCACGAGGAUGGCAAACCAGUGAAGAAAUGGGUUAAUAUGAGUCAGGAGUUCAUCAAUCAGCAUACAGUGGAACACAAAGGCAAACAAAUUUGUAAAUACUUCCUUGAGGGGAGGUGUAUCAAGGGAGAGCAGUGUAAAUUUGAUCAUGACGCAGAGAUUGAAAAGAAAAAGGAAAUCUGCAAGUUUUACAUACAGGGUUACUGCACCAAAGGAGAGAACUGCAUUUAUUUGCACAAUGAAUUCCCUUGCAAGUUCUACCAUACAGGAGCCAAGUGCUAUCAAGGAGAUAAGUGCAAAUUUUCUCAUGCUCCCCUGACUGCAGAAACAAAAGAGCUGCUGGAUAAGGUGAGUGAUUCGUAG